GGCCGGUCGCCCAGGAGACGCGAGUACACUGAGCGGACCGGCUCCGACCGGAGCCCGAGUGCUCGUGGCGGUCGCCUCUCUGUGGAUAAGCCGCGUCGCGGGCGCCAUGAGCCAGAGGCAGGUGCUGCAAGUGUUCGAGCAGUACCAGAAAGCCCGGACCCAGUUCGUGCAGACGGUGGCGGAGCUGGCGACCAGACCCCAGAACAUCGGGACGCUGCAGAACGCGGGUGUGAUGUCUUUGCUGAGGCCUCUUCUUCUGGAUGUGGUUCCGUCAAUUCACCAGACUGCUGCUUUGGCUCUUGGGAGACUGGCUAAUUACGAUGAUGACCUAGCAGAAGCAAUUGUGAAGGGUGACAUUCUCCCACAGCUUGUUUCCUCAUUGGCAGAACAGAAUCGUUUUUACAAGAAAGCAGCUGCCUUUGUGCUAAGAGCAGUUGGUAAACAUUCACCUCAACUAGCACAGGCAAUAGUUGAUUGUGGAGCACUGGAUGCGCUGGUAAUAUGCCUGGAAGAUUUUGACCCCGGAGUCAAGGAGGCUGCAGCCUGGGCCCUUGAAUAUAUUGCAAAACAUAAUGCAGAACUGUCACAAGCUGUGGUGGAUGCAGGAGCUGUACCUCUUUUAGUACUCUGUAUCCAGGAUCCAGAAAUUGCUUUGAAAAGGAUUGCUGCUUCGGUCCUCAGUAAUAUUUCAAAGCAUUCUCCGGAGUUAGCACAGACAGUAGUGGAUGCGGGAGCUAUUGCUCACUUAGCACAGAUGAUCCUGAACCCUGAUGCUAUAUUGAAGAGCCAGGUCCUUUCAGCUCUCAGUCAGAUUGCAAAACAUUCUGUGGAUCUGGCAGAAAUGGCGGUUGAAGCAGGGAUUUUUCCAGUUGUACUUACCUGUCUGAAGGACAAAGAUGAAUACGUGAAGAAAAAUACUUCUACUUUAAUUAGAGAGAUUGCAAAACAUACACCCGAUCUUUCGCAACUGAUAGUUAACGCAGGAGGAGUUGCUGCUGUGAUUGACUGCAUUGGGUCCUGCAAGGGGAAUAUAAGACUGCCUGGCAUCAUGAUGCUUGGUUAUGUAGCAGCUCAUUCUGAGAACCUGGCAAUGGCAGUGAUCAUUUCCAAGGGUGUGCCCCAGUUGUCAGUUUGCUUGGCAGAAGAACCAGAAGAUCACAUUAAGGCUGCUGCCGCUUGGGCCUUAGGACAGAUUGGGAAACACACUCCAGAGCAUGCCAGGGCUGUUGCAGUCACAAAUACUCUGCCAGUUCUGCUUUCUUUGUACAUGUCAACAGACAGUUCUGAAGAUCUUCAAAUAAAAAGUAAAAAAGCCAUAAAGAAUAUUUUACAAAAAUGCACCUACUUACCAGCCCUUGAGCCAUUUCUGUAUGAUGCUCCUCUCAAUAUUCUGAAGCAUGUGGUUGGACAGUUCAGUAAGGUGCUGCCACAUGAUAGCAAAGCUCGGCAACUUUUUGUGACAAGUGGCAGACUCAAAAAGAUUCAAGAGAUAAAAGCCGAACCUGGAUCUCUCCUUCAACAAUACAUCAACAGUAUUAACAACUGUUACCCAGAGGAAAUAGUAAGGUACUAUUCCCCUGGAUAUUCAGAUACACUUCUGCAGAGAGUGGACAGCUAUCAACCACUUACUAACUAAGAAAAGAAACUUUUUAUGAAUGAUAGUUAAAGCUCUUUUUAAAUAUCUGAACUAAGAACAUUCCAGAUUUAUUCAAUGUGAAAUACCUUUGAAUAAUAUUUCUAAAUGUAUGCAAUACUUUAAACAUUAGUGGCUUGAAUAUAUGAAAAAGUAUUCAUGAUCAUUUGCAUAGGAUUUGCUCUAAAGGUAGAUUUUAAAAGGACAAUAAAGGGUUUUAAGGAAAAAAAAAGGAGGGGGGGAUCAAAAGGCUGAGGAGGUUGUACAUAUCUCUCCCACAUCUGUGUUAAAUUGGCAAUGAGCUUAGCACCAGGAGUCCAUGAAUAUGGAUUGCUGGCUUGUGACAGCAGAAUAAAAACAUGAUGUAGCGACACAAUUCAAUUCUUAUCAGUGGCUCAAAGAGUACCUCUGUUUUGAAAUGACUAAUUACAGAGCCAGUUGUUAUCUAUUAUAGCUUCUAUUAACAGUUCUCAACAAGACCCUAAUACCAUUCUUGCAGAAAAUCACUAUAAGAUGAAAGUCUGGAAGAAAAUAAAUUUAGACAUUUAAUGCUAUUUGCAUUUCAUCUUAAAGCUGGCCUACAAAUGCUCUAUGGUCCAUUAAAUUUUGAUCAUUUCAAGCAUAUUCCAUUACUACUUUAUACAAAAGACCUUUAAUAUGUGUAGAAAAGAAACUAGUAUAUAAUACACGAAAUGCUGUUUCUGUCUUUUACAUGAUGACAAACA